AUGCCGUUCACUGCAACCGAUAUCUGUAAGAUUUUUGCAGCAAUCUUUAUUCCACCACUUGGUGUUUGUCUCGAACGCGGUUGUUGCCAUGCUGAUUUUUUCAUUAACAUUUUGCUGACUAUUCUCGGUUAUAUUCCUG